CCAGUCUUUGGAGCAGGGAGCUGAAGGCAGUGCUGAGGGUAGCGGGAUACGGGACACUCCAUGGAACAAGGGUCACAGAAUGUCCCUCGGGAAGAGGCAGGCUAAAGAGGGGAAACCACUGCCAGUCUUAGGACACGUGAGCGAGUGGGAUGAAGGUGGUGUCAAGCUCAAGGGUCAGAAACUCUCAGGGAAUUAGUUGCCGGGGGAAGACCCUGAGUUUAGGAGAAUCACAAACUCGGGGUGUCUGAGCUUCUGGGAAGCUUCAGGCUUCUCUGAGGCGUCCCUGUCACCAUGGAGGACCUGAAUCCUAAAGAGGUCAUGGAACGGCAAGGUUCGCCCAAGGAGAUGAGUCCCAGCGGCUCAGGAGGCAACCUCUGCCACCUAGGGGCCCCGCAGUGCACCCAGUGCCUCAUCACCUUCGCUGAUUCCAAGUUCCAGGAGCGUCACAUGAAGCGGGAGCACCCAUCGGACUUCGUGGCCCAGAAGCUACAGGGAGCCCUCUUCAUCUGCUUCACCUGCGCCCGAUCCUUUCCCUCCUCCAAGGCCCUUACUGCUCACCAGCGCAGCCAUGGCGCAGGCACCAGGCUCUCCUUGCCAGAUGCACCCACCCCUGCCCAGGCUCCCUUCCCUUGUCCUGACUGUGGCAAAGCCUUUGGGCAGGUGACCUCUCUGAAGCAGCACCGCCAGGUGCACAAGGCCUGCACCCCUCCUGGCCCCUUUGCCUGCACUGAGUGUGGUCAGGACUUCGCCCAGGAAGCAGGGCUCCAUCAGCAUUACAUUCGGCAUGCUCGGGAGAGCUCUGAGUGUAACUGAAGCGCUCUCCACAGUGGUGGGGGCUCUGAGACCGGUGGGACCCAUGCAUGACAGGAGGCCCAGGCCUUCUGGGGGCCCUGGAGGGAUUUACUCCCCUCCCUGGGAAGGCAAAGGGCUCUUGAUUAGAUAGGACUCAGACAGUUCUCUUUAGAGCUUCAGUCUUUGGAGGACAAGGGGCCUUUAGAGAUACAGUGAAAUUAAAUUGUAAGCUCUUUUGUUUUAAAAAAUGAGCAAGAAAGACAGCAAGAGGGAAACGUUUUUGUUUCCUUGAUUCCCAGUUAAAUAACCAGCUACAGAUUGUGUAAUCACCUUCAAUUUUUCCUUUGACGGAUACCAUGGGUCACAGGAGCAAACUGCCCUGGAUCUGUGCCUGUGUGGGCGGCAUGGAGGGCAGGUGCUGCUGGCCUAGAAAGCUGCUGGCUAAGUUCCAGACCUGGAGCCACAUGGGCCUGUGGUGAUGGGACAACAAGCCUGGGUGCUGGACCCCAAGUCACAUAGGGGUUGCGAUUUGGUUCUUGUCUUCCUCUCACUCCCUGCCAGGCUUCUCCACUCAAUAAUGUUUUUGUUUUUUGGGUUUUAUUUGGUUCCAGGGAGCAAACUUGGGACCUUGUGCUUG